AUGAGUAGUACUUGUAACAAUAUUGUCGACCUGGUCAGAAGCAAAAAGGAACUUCUUACAGGUGAAAAAAAGAUGAGGAAAAAAAGUUGUAAUAUAGAAAGAAAGGAUAUAGAUAAUGAAAGUGACAAACUGAUAGAUAAAAAUAUAUUAAUAAAUAAUUUUUUAAACUCAGAAAAACUUAUAAAAGAAAUACAAUUAUUGAAUAAUAUAUCAUUCAGAAGUGCUACAUAUUUAUUAAAAAUAGAAAUUGAAAAAAUAGAAAAAUUAAUUACUUGUAAUAAUUGGAAACAAGUUCCUUCCAUAUAUAAAAAAUCAGCCGAAAAUAUUUUACUAAAAAAAAAUGAAUAUAUAAAAAAUUUAAAAACAAAAUUGUUGAAUAAAAAUAAGGCAUAUAAUAUUAUUCAAGAUCAUACUAAAAAAAAAAAUAAAAGUUCUUCUCAAAAUGAAAAUAAUAUAAACAAUGACAAUAUAAAUGAUAACAAUAUUUAUAAUAAUAAUAAUAACAGUAUUUAUAAUAGUUGUUAUAAUUUGAUUAAUAAAAAUGAUGAAAAGAAAUUCUCUACACAUUUAAGUUCAUCGUCAAACUCCUCAUCUCUGUCAGCAUAUUCUUCUACAACAAAUACUUCUGGUGAUUCUUCCUUCUCAAACACACAUAAAGAAAACAAUUUUUUUUCUAAUAUAAAUUGCAACUCUUAUUUGAAAGGAAACAAACAAACAAAAAAAAAAAAAUUAGAUAAUCAUGUGUGUAAGAAGACACAAAAAAGAAAUGACAAAAAAUAUAACAUAAGAGGAGGUAACAUAAGAGAUGACAAAAAAAAAAAUAUAUAUAACACCAAAAGAAAAGACACUAACAUGAUAAAAUUAAAUAACGAAGAUAUUAAAGAUAAUAUUAAUUAUAAAGGUAAUUUCUAUGAUAAUAACAACAAACAUGAAAUAAAAAACAAUGAAUAUUAUUAUUAUGAUGAUGAACAGAAUGUAGAUAGUUAUAAUGGCUUAUGUUAUUCAAACAGGAAGAAUAACAUAUUUUGUUUUUCAAACAAUCAAGAAAAUCAAAAAGAUGAUAGAAUAAAUAUAGAGACCAAUCAUAAUUAUAUGAAUAAUAAUACACAUAAUAAUAAUAAUAAUAAUAAUAAUAAUAUACAUUCUUAUCUUCCAAACAGAUAUGGUGACAAAUCUAGUAACCAUCAAACUAAAGAACGAAGAAAAUUACAUACAAGCAAUCUAAUUAAUAAUAUGGAAACAAACAAUGAGAGAGAAGAAGAGAAGAAAUGCUCUUCUGUUUUUUCUAUAAAUAAUCUACAAUGUGGUACUAGAAAAUAUAUCAAGUCAGCAAGUGUAUGUAAUUUUUCUUGUGGUAAUUUUUUUAAUAAUUCAAAGGAUGAAGAUAUAUAUAAUAACAAAAUAAUAGAAAAUGAAUGUUUUAAUUUAAAAACAGGUACCAAUGUAUCAACAAAAAAUAAAAAAAAAAUGAUACCAAAUUUUGAAAGACAUACAGUUUCUUCUUUUAUAAAAAAUUUAAGUGCUCAAAAAAGUUUACAAGAAAAAAUUAAUAAUCAUCAUAUGAUGAUAAAAAAAAAAAUGUAUGAAAAUAAAGAAAGGAGAACUAGCACAAAUACAUGCUGCACUACCUUAUGUGGACCCCUUACAAAAACAGAAUUACAAAGAAAUUUUCUAAAUGAUAUAAAUUAUAUAGGUGAUAUGGAUGAUAUAUAUAAUAUGAAUAAAUUAAAAUGGAUACAACAUAAUAAUAAUAAUAUAAAACAAAAGAAUAAUCAUAUACAUGAAAGAUGUGAAGAUGGAACAUGUGAUAAUUAUGAAGAUUAUAAUAUAGAUGAAAAUAACAUAGACUUAAACAACAUACAUAAAAAUUAUAUUAAUGAUGAUAAAAUAUUAGUUUAUAAAAAAUUAUUAAACAAUGUUAUGAACAAGAAAAAUGAAAAAUAUAACAUUAGAAAGAAAUCUAAAUUAUCUAUAGAAAAAAAAAUUGAUUUAUUUCAUAUGAACUCAUUGAAUGAAGAUUAUUCGUGGGUAAAAAAUCUAAGAAAUUAUAAUAAUACACAAGAAAAUAAAAAUGAAAAGAUAAAUAAAAAUAAAAAUGAAAAAAAAAUAUCUUUACAAAAAAUUAGUUUGAUAUCAAAAAAAUCGUCUAACAUAUUAAAUAAUUCUUAUGAUGAUAAUAAUGUUAUUAUAAAUGAAAAUCAAAAAAUUAAUCAAACAAACAAAAAAUCAAACAAACAAACCAAAUAUAUAUCUACAUCCAAAUUAAAUAAUAAUAAUAUCAAUCUAGAAGAUAAUGUCAAGGGGAAUUGUCACUCUUAUAAUCAUAGUGUAGGCAAUACAUAUCCUCUUAUGAAUAAUUCAUUAUAUAUGGAUAUGAAAAAAGAAAAUGUAAAAAAAAAAAAUGUAGAACAAAAAAAUGUAAAAAAAAAAAAUGUAGAACAAAAAAAUGUAAAACAAAAAAAUGUAGUACAAAAAAAUGUAAAAAAAAAAAAUGUAUAUAUAGAAGAUACAACAAAUUUCAAAAAUCAUUUAGAAAAUUAUGAAAAUGACAAAAAAAAAGAAUUAAAUAAUAAUGAAAAUUAUAACAAUAAUAAUAUUCUUCCAAAUAAUUAUCAUAGUAAUAAAGACAUGUGGUCACACAAACAUAUAACACUUCCUCGUUUAUAUGAAAAUAAUAAUUCUUUAUCAUGUAAUCAUCAAAUUAAUUUAGAAGAUAAAAUGCCAUUAAAAAAAAUUAACCAACAUAAAAGUGAUAUGAUCCAAGAAAAUUAUCAACAUAUGAAAUAUUUAUUAAAUAAUAAUAAUAAUAAUAAAGAAGCUAAAUAUUUUGAGCUUUUAAUAUCAUCCCCCCAAAAAAAUAAUAUACAACCAUGUGAACAAUCUAGUUGUAUUAAUACAUCAAAUAUUGAUUAUAAUAUAACGGAUGAGUCUAUUACUGGGUGUAUGAAUAAUAUAUUUACUAAUAUUAAAAAAAAAAAAAGUAAUAAUAAUAAUAAUAAUAUUAAAUAUGUUAAUAUUAAACUACAAGGUAAUAAACUAACGUUAAAUGAUAAUUUAUAUAUAAAGAAAAACGAAUCUAAUCAUAUAACCAAAGAAAAUAAUAUUCACAUCAAUAAUAAUAAUAAUAAUAAUAAUAAUAACUACAUCCAUAAUCAUAUAUAUAAUAAUACAUGCAGUAAUCAAAAUAAUAAUUAUAUACAUUCCUUAUCAAAGGAUACAUCGAAAAAAACAAAUGAAAAAACCUCAAACAUUUUAAAUAUGAAUAAAUAUGCUACAAAGGAGGAGUAUUCUCAAAACAAUGUAAAAGAACAAGAUAAAAUAUUUCAAGACACAAAUAAUUUCCAAAAUUUUAAUAAUAUAAUAUGUAAUAAAAUAAUAGAUGCACCUUUAAAAAAUAUGUCAUUUAAUAAUAAUAUACCAGAUAAUAUAGAUACAAAUCCAGAUGAAUUUUCAGGUACCAAAACUUUAAGCAUCUAUAACAAUCAUCUAAUCAAAGAAAACGAAAAUAAUGAUAUAUAUAAAAAUAAUGAUAUAUGUAAAAAUAAUGACAUAUAUAAAAAUAAUGAUAUAUAUAAAAAUAAUUUUAAUUCUCAUGAGGAGAAUAUAACUAAUCCAUUGGCCUUAUCAAAAGAAAAUA